AGGAGGGGAGGUGGAUUAAAGAGAAGGGGAGCGUUCCGGACCCGCAGAGUAGAUGAAGCACAUCCCGGCAGUGAUGUGCAACUUCUGAAACGUCCUUUCUCUCCAUUUUUUUCCCUUAUUUUUUUGGGUCGUGAUAAGGAGGAGAUAAUAAUGAGCAUGUUUGAAACAAGGGAGGGUAGACGUGCUGUCUACCCGGUCGUCUGAGGCGAGUAUGCCGCUUCGUGCUUCCUGGAUCACCACUUUUCCCGGUUCUCUUGAUCCAAAUAGCGGAUAUCUCCGUACGGAAUCGGGCUGGGUUCGGCUCUGGCCCGGUCUGUCCGCGCCUCUUUGACGCCCCCCCCCCCAUCCGCCCUCCUCCCUUCUUCCUCUAUUUCCUGAUGCAGGGCCGAGGAGGGGGUGAGCCAAAGUGUGUACCGGAUAUUGGAAAAGCCAUUCUGAAUGCUGGUGCCGCUGCUGCUGCUGCGAUAAUAGACGAUUAUCUGGACUAACGUCGAACGAGCACGUAAAGGCAGAAGCGACCCCAUCGAUGUUCGAGAGGAGAACCAGCCAGCUCGGAAAUGUAUUUUUGACAUUAGGAGAAAAGCGGGGGGGUCCCUGGUAUCGAUCAGGGCAUGGAUUGAGGCGUUCUGACUUGGGAUAUUUGAGACUCUGCACUUGCAGAAAUCAAUCUUGUUAGUCUUCCUGUUCUCGUCUGAGUAAGAUCAAACGCUUGCACUGAAAUAAGCAGUCAGCUCAUUUAGUCUACAACAGGGAGUGGGGUGGCUAUUCAUAUUUUUGUAAGCACCUCCACUGUCACGUCAUCCUCCUCUGAUCUCCACGUUUUUCUACGUAAACCCCGCUCACCCCGGUAAAAGCCCAAAAUGGUUUGCUACUUUAGUUAAUAGUUGUUUUUUAAAUUAUUAUUAUUUUACAUUCGGGAGGAGGGUGGGUUGAAGCUCUCGGAGGCUUCUACGACAAACAAGUGAAUGGGAGUAGCCUGCAGGAGGGCCCGGCGUCAGAUCACGACCACCUCCGACGCCAAAGUCUCGUGGGAUGAGCCUUGCUGCAUUGCGAGUCGAAACGGGCCCACGGCGCUCCUGAUUGUCUGGAUUGAAAUUGGCAAUUUAGUGCAAUGUCGGGAAAGAUGAGCAGCAAGGACUUGGGCCAGUCCAACCAGUAUGUGGGGCCUUACCGGCUGGAGAAGACCCUCGGGAAGGGACAGACUGGCCUGGUGAAGUUAGGGGUCCACUGUAUAACCGGACAGAAAGUGGCCAUAAAGAUUGUCAACAGAGAAAAACUGUCAGAAUCAGUUCUCAUGAAGGUGGAGAGAGAAAUAGCAAUUCUGAAACUAAUUGAGCAUCCUCAUGUUCUGAAGCUGCAUGAUGUCUAUGAAAAUAACAAGUAUCUGUACCUGGUGUUGGAGCAUGUGUCUGGUGGAGAGCUAUUUGACUACCUGGUGAAAAAGGGCAGGUUGACCCCCAAAGAGGCCAGGAAGUUCUUUAGACAGAUCAUCUCCGCUCUGGAUUUCUGCCACAGUUAUUCCAUAUGCCACAGAGACUUGAAACCUGAGAAUCUUCUCCUGGAUGAGAAGAAUAACAUAAGGAUAGCUGAUUUUGGCAUGGCCUCACUACAGGUUGGGGACAGUCUACUAGAAACUAGUUGUGGAUCUCCGCAUUAUGCUUGCCCUGAAGUAAUAAGGGGGGAGAAGUAUGAUGGUCGUAGGGCAGAUGUGUGGAGUUGUGGAGUCAUCCUUUUUGCACUUCUUGUAGGUGCCUUGCCGUUUGACCAUGACAAUCUACGGCAGCUUCUUGAAAAGGUGAAAAGUGGAGUAUUUCAUAUGCCCCACUUCAUACCACCUGAUUGUCAAGCAUUGCUCAAAGGGAUGAUAGAAGUCAACCCUGACAAAAGACUCACGCUAGAAGCAAUACAGACCCAUGCCUGGUACCAGAGUGGUCGCAAUGAACCGUGCCCUGAGCAGCCCCCUCCCCGUCGUGUGUGUGUAACAAGGGUGCUAUCAUUGACUGACCUGGACCCUGAUGUCUUGGAAAGCAUGUACUCUUUAGGGUGCUUCCGGGAUCGGGUCAAACUCACACGGGACCUUACAAGUCAGGAAGAAAACCAGGAAAAAAUGAUUUACUACCUCCUGUUGGACAGAAAGGAGCGGUACCCCAGCUAUGAGGAUGAAGAUUUGCCACCAAGAAAUGAUGCUGACCCACCCAGGAAGCGUGUGGACUCACCCAUGUUGACUCGUCAUGGCCGCUGUAGACCAGAGAGGAAGAGUCUGGAAGUUCUCAGUGUCACUGAACAAGGCUCUCCCACUCCACCUCGCAGGAACCUAGACACUAAUUCACAUAGUCAAAGGUCUCGUUCAGUAAGUGGAGCGUCCACAGGUCUGUCUUCUAGUCCUCUCAGCAGUCCCAGGAGCCCGGUCUUCACUUUCAGCCAGUCAGAAGUCGCCUCAGCUCCCGCCUCUAAAGAUCCCAAAGCGACGAAUUCAACCACUCCUCGGCCCAGCCGCCCGGUGCCCGACCCCAAAACUCAGACCCUGCCAUCAAAAGGCCUCACUGACCGUCCCCAUCUCAACUCCAUGAAGUCCCUCCCUCUCCAGACCCCACGCACUCCAUCACCAUCACCUUCUCCUCUUCUCUCGCCCAUCCCACGCUUUUUCAACUUCCCCUCUCCAUCUCUCUUCAGGUCCAAAAAUGCCCAUUCGUCCUCUAACUCCUCUGCCACCACUCCUCCUGUGUCGCAGGUCACACCACAAGGCUCACCACUCCCCACCCCGCUGGGCACACCUGUGCACCAAAUCCAACACCCUUCCUCCACUACCCCUCCUUCCUCUUCCUCUUCAUCUUCUUCUCCCAGAGCGGACGGGUCUGGAGGGGCUUCUCUGUCACUGACACCGCCCUCCAGCCCAGGUAGCAGUGGCGGCUUGGCCUCCUCUAGCUCUGCCCACUGGAGAACAAGGCUCAACUCUUUCAAAAACAACCUGUUGGGCUCACCGCGCUUCCACCGGCGCAAACUCCAAGUCCCAACAUCAGAAGACAUGUCCAGUUUGACUCCAGAGUCCAGUCCAGAACUGGCGAAGAGAUCCUGGUUUGGAAAUUUCAUCAGUCUGGAGAAAGAGGAGCAGAUCUUUGUUUUGAUUAGAGACAAACCCCUCAGUUCUAUUAAGGCCGACAUUGUCCAUGCAUUUCUCUCUAUACCGUCCCUAUGUCACAGUGUAGUAUCUCAGAACAGUUUCCGGGCUGAGUACAAAUCCUCUGGUGGCCCCUCUGUCUUCCAGAAACCUGUCAAGUUCCAAGUCGACAUUGGGUUCUCUGAGGGAGACAGGGAGUUGGAAAGAGAGCGAGCAGAGAGGGAAGGCAGAAGAGCGGUGGGCAUAUACAGCGUCACCUUCACCCUAUUAACAGGUCCUAGUCGCAGAUUCAAGAGGGUGGUAGAAACCAUUCAAGCUCAGCUCCUUAGUACGCAUGAUCAGCCCUCUGUGCAGGCACUGGCUGAUGAGAAGAAUGGCAAACCGUCCCGCCAGCCUAGCACACCAUCACGUCAGAAUUCCAAGCAUUCUGAAAGCGGAUCUGAUCGGUGCGAGAAGGAGUGUGCAGUGGAGUCGGCGAGUGGAGGUGGCAGCAACGGUGGCAACAUCUUACAAAGGCAAGGGUCAGGAAAAGAUUUGACCAGACUUCUUUCCACAUCCAAUGGGACGCAGUCACACCCGUGAAAUGAAUGGUUCGAAGAAGAGGAUGGAUAGCUCCAUUUCCCUUAAUUUUCCCCACAUCCUCUCGAUCCUGUUUCCUACCUUUCCGCCUUGCUAUUUGGCCAUCAGUCCCUUGUGACACAAUGGAAAAGGGAGAAGAUUUUACUGAAAGCUCUGUGGACGAGCUGAUCUUUUCUCAGUCCUUAAGGGCAAGUCGGAAGCAAGAUUCCCCUCCUAAAAAUCUCACUUUACCUGAAAAUCUCGCAAGGAAAACACUUCACUUGCUAACGAAGAAAGCACAUGAUCCGCUCACUAACGUACUGGAUGCUUCACAUAGUUCACACUCUGCUGCAAACCUCUAAUCAAUGUCCAAUGCACGGAGCACCUCGAGACAUUUACAUUUCUCGUCUCCUAUUCUCAUGAAUGCCCCUCAACAUUACUUGACACCUAACACGAUCAGUCACGAUAUAAUGGAAUGUCUAAUCAAAUGGAGCAAAAAAACAAAAACAAAAACAAAGGUUGUGUUUUGGGAAAAGGAGACUACUGGAUAAAUCUGAACUAAGUAAAUGACAUUCAAUCCUUUUGAACUGGGACGAUUGAGUAAACCCUCCUAGUUCAAAUGGAUCGGGCGUCUACUAGUGACAAACUCAUUUUAAUUCACACAGAGGUGGAUCUUAUGGAGUGGGGCUUAAUGUAACCCUCUAGAUACUGUAUGUUACGUGUGUAUAUCAAAAACAAGGCCCGCCCGAUGCAUCUUUCUUGGAUUGUAUGAGAUUCAUUAGGUCUCACAAUUAUUUCUGAAUCAUGAUGAUAAACGCUAUGAUACCAUAUUGCCUUUAAUGGAGGAGAAAUAGUGGAUUACCGUUUAGAUCUAUCCCCAUUUUCCACUCACAUUGCACACCCACAAUUAGAGUCUCCCAGGCAAAAAAAAAAAAAAAAAAAAAAAAAAAAAACUUGGACAUUAGAAAGGGAGACAAAACACACAAUGGCUCAUAAUAGGCCACUGAAGGACACAACAUAAGUAGCAGAAAGCCUCUUCAAUCAACAUAGAGAUGACAAUGAAAGUUGUUUUAUUAGUUGUCUUUGAGGAUGAAGUACAGCAUUACCUGGAUGAGGGUGUCGUAACAUGUUAACAAUUGACAUGCGUGUACUUGUUUUUCAACUUUUUUUGUUGAUUGUGAUUUCAGUCCUUGCUCCACAGCAAAAUCCAUUCGAACCUUCUGACAUUAAGUUGCUCUCUUAUUGAAAUCACUUACCCAGAGUCAGACUAAGACAAUAAUAAUGAGAGAAUUAAACAAAGACUUCCAUUAGACUCGCAGUACUUGUUCAAUUCAUGCUAAAUUACUUUAAAAUAAAUUAAAUUCAAUGUAAAACGUAGUGUUGCACCGAUACCAUUUUUUGGACUCUAUAUACCGGUUCCAAUGUCAAUACUGUACCAAAACCACAUUUUUAACCAAAUUUUAGGGCUGCAGCUAUCGAUGAUUUUAGUAAUCAAUCAGUCUAGCAAUUACUUAGUUCGAAUAAUUGAGUAAUCGGAUUAGAAACAUUUAAUGCGUUCAAAAAUAAAUUUUAGGAGACGUAAAACAAAGGCUUGCUAAGAUUGCACUUCAAAAUAGCAUUAAAUGUGAAUACAAAAUAAAAUUCCCAAGUGUUUUUUUUUUCCAAACUAUGCAAAAUUGCACUUUCAUUUCACAAGAGCAAUAAAUAAUAAUAAAAGAGGAUCAAAGUACAACAAAAGAACAAUUGGCUAACUUGCAUAGCCAAAGUUCGCUAGCUUAAAUGCCACAAAAUGUUUUUUUUUAAAUUCAUUUAUAUAUAUUUUUUUUACAAUGGUCUUAACAAAUUGUUCCAACACCUUUUCCCACAAAAACUGCUAAAUAUACCUUUAAACUAUAUUACAGAUGCAUAAACAAUCAUAUUAGCUCAAACAAAAACUUAACUUAUGUUGGUCUUAACAGGGAGCAGCUGGAUCCAGCUGUUAGAUAAGUUAUGUCAUAAUCACUGUUGCCGCUAGAGGGCAGUGUGUACAGCCAAAAGAAUAAAACUAAAUGGAAACACUUUCAAAACAAUUCAUUACAAAGCCACUCUAAUUAAACAAAUCCUCGAAGCAGCAACAUUUGAUUUGACGGUUUUCAAAUUUUUCAAAUUACUCCAGUUAAUCGAUAAAUGGUUGCAGCACUACAAAAUAUAUACAAUAUUUUUUUUUUGCUUUAAAUACUACAUUACUGUAUUCUGACUUGAUUAUAGAUUAGCUGCUACAUGGCGUGGUCAGACAUUGUUAAAAAAAAAACUAUGAAACAACAACAAAAAAGACUAAUACAAAGACAGAAUCCAGUAGCCUUCAACUUUUUUUAUUUGGAGUACCUGGUAUAUGUGAGAAUAAAUGGAUAAACUUCUCCAAAACCUGAGACUUAUUGACUCUCAAAGACCAAAAUGUUGUUUUAGGACAUUAGCUUUGCUCAGCUGCUAUCCACUUAUGCUAGCAGAGCACACAAGUUCAUUAGCUUACGUUUUCCUGCUUUCCCUGCUAAAAGAACAAGAUUUUUAAUAGAUGCUCAUGUCAAUCUCAGUUUUCAUAAAACGUUAAAUCUAAACGAAAACAUUCAACAACACUUACCAGAUGAAAUGAAAACCCUUCUAGCUGCAAAACACCAACAGGACUUGACACUAGCAUGUUCCAGCUUUAAAAAAUAUAUACACUGACUUUUACCUGUUUUUUUUUUCUACCUUUCGCUUCUUCAUUUUCUUCAUUGUUGUCAUCUUCUACUUUGUUUUUAUCUUAGGUGGCGUUCAUAAUUGGCGGUCGUAUUGAGUUGGACGACAAGUGGUGCUUUUUUAAGGUGGCCUGUAUAGCUAGCAGUUGGAAACUAAAUCUCAAAGAGUACUCUUUGUGCAGCAUCAGCACAUUAGGUCUUAGUGCUUUGACGUCAUUUUAGUGCCGUAUCAGUACCGGUGCAACACUAGUAAAAAGUGACUGAUAAUAAUAUCAAAAUUUGCUAUUAUAUCUACCAAUUCAAAAGUUUUGGAUCCUGUCGUGCUAAAACAGCCACUGAAUUCAGCUUUACUUCAACCCAUCAGUUAUUUUUUUCACACUUCCGUUUACUGUAUUUUCUGUUUCUCAUAGUUACAAUGUAUACUAGGGUCCAUUUCACAAGCAGGUUUAAUGAAAAUUCAGGUUAUAUUAACUCUGUAAAAAGGGAAAUUCUGGGUUUUCGGUUACACAAAGUGUGAUUAUUUAAACCUGAGAAAGUGGAGGAGCUCAAGACUGUUUAACAAACAGGUGUUGCUAACACUGUUACUCUGGCAACCGACUCUCUGAAUAUAACCUGGUCAGGAGCAGGUUUUACUCAAUGAAUGUCAAGUUUUUCCUCUGUCUCCUCCCUCUUUCAGAGCCACAGGCAAUUCGAUUUCAUCAUUCAGUCAGCGGGGGAGUUUUGGGGAAGCCUUGUUCAGCUGUCUGUGUUUACAAAUAUGUAUCUUUAUUUUUAAAAUCAAAGUCAGCAUUGGAAAAUGAUUUUUUUUUUUUUUUUUAAAGAUUUGUCAGAUAGUUAAUUCAGUCAGCAUGAUAAAAAUAUCUUGCUUCAGAUAAAAUUACUUCAUACAAACACUUGACAAAAAAUGCUGUUCAUUCAAAAAACAAUUUUCAGUGAUCAUGAUAGAAGGUGUUGCCGAACUUCUUUACUGACAUGGCAUGUUCUUUUGUCAACAAUCCCAAGGAUGACGGUGCAUUAUUACUGUUCAGAAAAAUAAAAUAUCAGUCAGGAAUUGACUAUUUUACAGCACGUUGAUGUACUCACAUUUUCAGAGUUAUCUUUUUGAGUGGUAACUGUUCAUGUCUCAGUCUGUCAUUGACAUACACAACUUAAUCUUUCCUCUUGCAACAUUAUCACUUUCAGUCAUGCACUGACGUUCCAGCAAAUAUUGUGUGUUACUUUGGAAACAUACCGCUUUCUAUUUUUUAAAUAAGAUUGGAGAAGCUGAACAUUUAAGUAAGACACCUUUAUAAUGAGCGGUCAGAAAAGUGCCUCGCCUUGAAACAGCUUGAACCAGUCAUUGCGGGUUUGCCUUGUUAUAAACCUGUCAAACUCAUCAAGGAGGUGGUCUACCAAAUUGCAGGUGAAUGAUGCAUAAUCCGUUACAAUACUUUCAUUUUAUAUUCUGUUAAUGAUGUUAAGGUGACGCCUCAGACUGUGAUUGGUAAUUUUAUUUUCUACCAGAAUUUCCCACUCUCUGCAUUUGAUUGUAUGUCAUUUCUCAUCAACCUUGUGUUUUCAUGUGUGUGCACUAAUUUAAUUUAAUAAUAAUAAUUAAAUUGGGGCUCAACUGAUGAUGGCUUUUUAUGGUUGGGCUUCUGGUGAAACUACUUAGAGUAGCUAAAAUCAGCUGUUGUGUAACUGAGAAUGCAGUUUUCUAUCUACAAGUAGUUCAAAAAGGAGUUCAGAGUUAACUCGGAGUUUAUUGAAACUGCUUUGUGAAAUAGACCCCUGGAAUAUUACAGACAAACGCACACAAUCAUUUACUGAUCUUAUUACAUUAAAAUGCCAAGACCAGAUUAAUUUAGGAAUUCAUUGAUUUACAGGCGCAAUAAAAACAACAAUAAAAUGAGACAAAAUAUCCAAAACUUUCUCAUCAAAUUAAAAAUUCAGAGUAAUCCGAUAUUUGGAAACCAUCCAUAAACAUCAAUUUAACUCAUCGGCUGCCAUUGAGGGUGAUAGACAUUUAAUCAAUUUGAACUGCCAGCCCUCCCAAUUCAAAGGGAAUAGAUGGCUACAAUUCACAAACCUUAAAUUCACAGCAGAAGGAUGAAAAAAGCCAAAUGAUUGGACGUCUAUCAUUGUAGAUCGUACUGAAAGAGAUAUUAAAGCUAGUAACAAUGUAUUGCUUGCAAAGGGCAAAAAAAACUAAACAUGCAAAUGUAUAACACAUUGAUUGUGACAUUUCUGUCAUUGUAACGGGGCAAGACAAAAUUCAACCCACGUGUAUAGAAUGAUUGUUUUCCCUUAUUUGUACUUUGGUCUUUCUGUGUUUUCAUGCCACCAGCAAAUAGGCACUAUCAAUAUGAAUGCUCAUAUAAAUAUUUAUGUAUUUAUUUUUUCAAUUAUGUAUUUAUUUGUUAUUGCUAUUUCAUGGACCACAAUAGCUUUUAAUAUUGUGAAAAUUAGUGCUGCAAAAACACCUUUUAGUGUUAUUAUGUUAUGUUGUUUAUUUUAAACACGCAUUCUGUCCAUUGUUAUUAUUUGCCACUGUAAAUGAGUUGCACCUCCAAAGAUAAAAGGUUCCACACAUACACAAGAAAAGUUUAGCUUAUUUUUCCCUGAAAUUGUCUUUGACAGUCUUGGUAUAAAAGAACUCAAGCUGGAAUGUAAAAAAAAAAAUGGGCGCAAACGUGCAUGUAACACUGUUCGAAACACAGGCACGCCACUUCGAAAAUUAAAAAUAAUUCCUAGCUACACGAGCAAAGUAUUUUAGUCCUCACAAAAUUAGCAAUUAACAUGAUUACUUAGAGUUUUGGCUUGAAUAGAAUGAUAACUUAAAUGUUUACAUGCUAUUGCUGCAUGUUGAUAUUUGCAUCUAGCUCAAAGCACCACUCUUCCCACUACUGUUUGUGAGUGCAGCCUCGCUGUGGAAUCCUAUUUGGCUCACUAUGCUACAUUGUGACGACAAGAAAGAAAGAAGAAUAUUUGUAAAUUUCUUUUUAUUGUUUCAAAAUGAUGCACUCUCAUGCGUAUACAUUCCUAAUGAGCUUGCAUUUAUUUCUUGACAUGCACUGAAGACAAAUGUCGCAAUAGUUAAUAGUAGUCUUUUUGACUACUUCCUCUUUCUGCAGUUGUGAUUGUUCUUGAAAAUUGAAACAUGACAUAUUCAACCAAAAAGUGUCAUUGUUUUUUGAAGAGAACAGGUUUCUAACAUUGAACAUUGUAUCACUAUUUUUUCUUAUCAUCUGAAGUUAUACUUUCCUUUCUCCCUUCAAAGCAAAAAGGCAGGUUUUGAGAAGUGUGGGCUACACAGUUCUAAGGUCAGAGUGUCAGAAAUGUUUGAAGAAAAAUUGUGAAUGAGAUACAUGAACACCUUUGAAGCAUGACAUGAAAGUUUUAUUUGGAAAGAAACUUUUCCUAUAAGGAAAUCAGAAACGUGAGAUAUCCAUACCACAAAGGACUGAUGAUUUUGAAAUUGCGAUGAGUAAACCUAGUAAUAAUGCAUUGCUACUUUUGAAUACAACAACCCACCCUCACCCGUCCCACCCACCUGUCAUUUAAUCACUCACCUUCCCUUUGUAUACAUUUUACACUGAUUACUGCAACACAUAUUACCACUGUAUGCCUUUGUCUGUCUCCAAUGUAUGCCAUCUGUUACCAUGUAGUGCUCAUGAUCUUUUAUCCACACUGUAGUAGCCAUAAAACCUUCUCGCUCAUUAUCCUCAUGUGUCAUUUUUCAGCUAUCACCGGCAUUUACACUUACAUCACCACAAUCAUUUAUCUCUCACUCAUAUGUUCAUCACAAAAAACUCCACCUCUUGCCCACCAUACAAAUCAUACAGAAACGGAAACAUUCUAAACAAGAAAAUACCAUUUCUGGAGAAAUUGCGCAAAGAUUCUUUGUUUUGCUGUUUUGGUAUAUUUUUCCUAAUUCCCACUGGAAUUCACAUACAUGUUUGUCAUUUUCAUAGACGGAUGUGGCCUACAUGGCCGUCUUUGGCACUGACAUACUGUAUAUGGCUCUCAAUCAUCACAUCAAUGUAUCUGGCCAUCAAUGUCAUUUGCGUUGACUCAACCCAAUGUGAUUACCGACAGGAUGUGAGUGUCGCAUGCGCAGUACAUGCACAAGUCAAAGGCGCAUGCGCACUGCUACGGCGGGUGAACGAUGUGAGUCACGCAUGCGUACAGUAUUAAAGUCUUGAACCGGAAGCUUGAGCGAAAUUGUGUUGAACUGCUAUUAUAUUGUGCUUGCAUGUAUGAGAUUAUGAACUCGUUUUCGAAUAUAUAAAACUUGAGUACACCUCUUACAUUUCUGCAGGUAUAUAAUGAUAUAUUUUCAUGGGACAACACUCAAGAUAUGAAUGUUACACAAGUAAAAGUAGUCAAUAUACAGCUUCUACAACCCCUAGCAAAAACUAUGGAAUCCCCAGUCUCGGAUGAGCACUCACUCAGACAUUUUAUCAUGUAAAACACACUCAGAUAAAAAGCUUGAAAAAAUAAUGAAUUACUUCAAAACUGCAACUCUUUAGCAUUCAAAAACACUAAAAGAAAUUAAUUUUUUAAAAAAACAUUGUGGUGGUCAGUACAUGUUACUUUUAUAGAGCAAGUGCAGGGAAAUAUAUAUGGAAUCACUCCAUUCUGAGAAAAGAAAAUAUGGAACAAUGAGAAACAAACAAAGAAAUAACAAUCGAAACAUCUUUAGUAUUUAG